UGCUCAACAUGGAGACCUUCUUCUGCCGCCCCUCUGUUAAUAAAGUACCAUAUAGCGAAUUUUGCUUUGUUGUAAAACCACAGCAAGUGAAUAGACAUUUCCUUCCACCCACACAUGUGACGAAAACGGGAAACGACAUUGGGGUUCCGGCCACAGCUUCAGCUGAAGAACUUGGAACGGCCAGCUUGCGACCCAGGACCCCAACAGUACUGUGUGGCAGAGGCGCUGUGUUUGGAAGUCCCGGUAUCACGGCCCCCCAGAUGGGGCCUGGACUACCCGUCUUGACGGCCUUGCUGCUUCUGGCCCUGGCGCCACCGCCGGAAGCCUCCCAGUACUGCGGCCGCCUUGAAUACUGGAACCCAGACAACAAGUGCUGCAGCGUCUGCCUGCAGCGCUUCGGGCCGCCCCCCUGCCCAGACUACGAGUUCGAGGAAAACUGCGGGCUCAAUGACCACGGCGAUAUCGUAAAGCAAGCGUUCCGAAGGUGUCCUCCUGGGUGGUGCAACCCCGACGGCGCCGAGCUAUGUAGCCCCUGCGGCGGCAGAGCCACGAUCCCCGCUCCCGCCGCGGGCAGGGGCAGAACCCCGUGGCGCUGCAGAGAGAGGCCGGUCCCUGCCAAGGGGCACUGCACCCGCACACCUGGAAACCCAGGUGCCACUACCUCCCAGGAGCGCACCUCACCAGCAAGUUCCAUUGCUUCGAGGACGCCUGAACCUGUCCCUGGGCAGACGUUGCCGAGUUUCAUCCCGCUCUUGGUUCUGGUCCUGCUCCCGACUUUGGUGGUGACAGCGAUCCUCCUGUUUGCUCUGCUCUGGCACUUCUGCUGGCCCAAGGGGAAAGUGGACCCCUAUCCCUAUCCUGGCUUGGUCUGCGAAGUCCCCAAUACCCACACCCCCUCGAAUUUGUGCUCCCCAGGCGCCCUGGAGACAGGGGACACAUGGAAGGAGGUUUCUCUACUUCCACUCCUGAGCAGGGAACUGCUCAGUCUGGCAUCACAGCCCCUGUCUCGCCUCCUGGAUGAGCUGGAGGUGCUGGAAGAGCUGAUUGUACUGCUGGACCCUGAGCCUGGCCCAGGUGGGGGCAUGGCCCAUGGCACUACUCGACACCUGGCCGCAAGAUAUGGGCUGCCUGCUGCCUGGUCCACCUUUGCCUACUCGCUGAGGCCGAGUCGCUCGCCACUGCGGGCUCUGAUUGAGAUGGUGGUGGCAAGGGAGCCCUCUGCCUCUCUGGGCCAGCUUAGCACACACCUGGCCCAGCUAGGCAGGGCAGAUGCAUUAGGGGUGCUGUCCAAGCUUGGCUGAUCUGGGGUUCACUGGGCUUAACACUCCAUCUUGCUGACUACUAGUCCCAG